UGAGAUUUGAUAUUUGAUUGUUCAGAAUGGUAUCCGGCAUUGUGUUGUCUCCAAUUGUAAAUAUUUUUGUCAUUAUUUCUGCAGCUGUCGCAAAUUGUCAGAUGAAAGUGUCUCAAACCCCCGAAAGUACAUACGCUGUCGAAGGUGAAAGCUUUACCUUUUACUGCGCAUUCCCUCUUUUUCGCGAUCAAUCCAAUGUGACUAUCAGUUGGUGGAAACUCGGCGAUACCGAACUUCUGCAGUCAGGAUCUGACGGCAGGAAACGAUUUCUUCCGUUGAAGAAAGGUGAAGCCUCUCUGCAACUCUUAAACGUCAAGGCCGAUGACUCUGGAGUCUAUUACUGUGGAGUAAAACAUCCGGAUAGCCCCAUUGUAAAUGGAACUGGGUCAAGGCUUGUUAUCUAUGUUCCUCCAAUUCCAUUGAAAAUUAUCUCCAAAUCACCUGAGAACAGUGUUCCCGGAACUUUGAUUGUCUUGUGCAAAACGGCUGCUUUUUACCCAGACAGUAUUAAUCUAACUUGGUACAAGGAUGGCGUUCAUGUUACCAACGGGAUAAUGGCUCUGAAGCACUUGAAUUCCAAAGGACUUUAUGAACUUACCAGCUGCAUGGAAGUCACCCGUGCAACCCACAAUGUUACCUGUCAGGUCACUCACCGCACGCUUCCGAUUCCAGUCCGCAGCACCUUCUUUGUCUCAAAUCGGAAAGUCCACAGGUUCAACAUUCCUUUGAUUCCUCAAUUUAUAUUAGGUUUCUUCAUGAUUCUCGCUCUGACACUUAUCAUUGCUGAUUAUGUCAAACAUCUUAAAGUGAAAGGAAGUAAUAAUGCACAUGUGGAAAAACAGAACAAGUUGAUCUGCGGAAACAAAAGUUGAGAACCUAUGACAGUGCAGCAACACAAAACAGUGAAAGAAAUGGAUUUAUGCAUUUGUCAACGUCAGUCAGAAAAAAGAAUGUAGCAAUGUGAAGUAAUAAAACAUUUAAAACCAAUUUAAACAAUGUA